AUGCACGGCCUUGUUCGUUCUCUCCUCGCGGCCUCCGUCGCCACUGCCGCUGUGGUCAACAACCUCAACCCUGGUGCGGCAGGCAGCAUUGGCCGCCGUGGCGCCGAUCCCAAGUUUAGCUAUGACCCCAGCACUUCCGCGUGGUGCACCUGGUGGUGGGACAACGAGGACGGCAGCGUAAGCUGCAAGGACAUUCCCAACUACUGGGCCAUCACGGAGGCGCAGUGGAAGCGAUGGAAUCCCGUCAUUGCCGAGUCUUGCGACAACUACAAGACUGAGCAGUCGUACUGCGUGGAGGCCGAUGAGCCUGGCCCCAUCACCAGCAAUCCUGGGACAACGACUACCACGACCACGGCGAACCAAACGCCUACCACUACAACGAGCCAACCUGCCACCACCACAACGCCGAGCAAUGGCAUCACGACGCCUUCGCCGUACAUGCCCGGGAGCUCGGAGAACUGCGACGCCUUCUACAAGGUCCAGAAGGGCGAUCUCUGCGAGCCCAUCGCAAAGAAGUUUGGCAUCUCGCCCGCCGACUUUUACGAGUGGAACCCAGCAGUCGGCGGUAGAGACUGCACCGGCCUCUGGCUCGACACAUACGUCUGUGUUUCCAUCAUCGGCAAGGAGCCACAACCGCCCACCACCACCACUACGAAGCCCGGCAACGGCAUCUCGACGCCCACCCCGUACAUGGAUGGGUCUGUCGACAACUGUGACGCCUUUUACAAAGUCAAGUCCGGCGACCUUUGCGAGCCCAUCGCCAAGUCCCACGGCGCCUCCCUGGAGCAGUUCCUCAAGUGGAACCCCAAGGUUGGCGGCAGGGACUGCACCGGCCUCCAGCUGGACACGUACGUGUGCGUGUCCAUCAUCGGCGUCGACCCCACGCAGGGCAACGGCAUCGCGACUCCGACGCCCACCCAGCCGGGCCUGGUGGGCAACUGCGAUGCCUUUUACAUGACCAAGAAGGGCGAUACUUGCCAGUCCAUCAUUAACAAACACGGCAUCUCCUUGGCCCAGUUCACCACGUGGAACCCCCAGCUCGGCAAAGACUGUUCCGGGCUAUGGCUCGACACGUACUUUUGCGUCAGCAUUAUCGGCGUCGAGCCGACGCCCACCAAGCCCGGGAACGGAGUCGUGACGCCCACGCCGACCCAGGAUGGCAUGACCAAGUCGUGCAAGAAGUUCCACUACGUCGAGCCCAAUCAAAACUGCGACACCAUCACCAAGAAGUACAACAUCCCGAAAGACAAGUUUAUCAGCUGGAACCCGGCGGUGAAGAAGGACUGCACUGGCCUCUGGGGCAAGACGUACUGUUGCGUCGCUGUACUUUAG